UGUUUUAUAAGGAGGGAAACAAUCGUUUAUUUUAUAUAGGUACCCUUGAACAGUUCAACUCAUUUGCAUAUUUUGAAGUUAUGGCAAGCUGGACUUGCAGAUACAUUAUGGGUCAAUUGAAAGAUGAACCAAAGGAAAAGAAAGAGAUGCAAGCCGAUAGUCAUCAAUGGUUUAAACGGGCAAAUGCCUGCACUUCCGAAUCACAAGUGCUUCAUUUCCAAACUGAAUUAAUAGCACACCUGGCUGAAUUAUCGGGAUACCAUAGUAAUAUUGAGAAAAAUGAAGAAGUUCUCAAUAAGAUGGUCAAAGACAGAAAGGAGUUUGGACUUGCAAAAUACAGGGAUCAAUGUCAUGCAAGCACACAUACUGGUACAAUCGACCCGAAACAAAAUACUCCAUUUAUGCUAAACUAUGAUGAUAGCAUUGAGGCAUUUUUGAAAUGCAAAUAGAACAAAUAACUAAAU